AUGGCGAAAGUGGAUGUGGAAGAGUCACCCCUGCUCCGGCUGCCACCAGAGCUUAGAAAUAGGAUAUACCAUGAACUCUUGGCCAACACCCCUGGCAUCUUCCACCUGAACGAGGAAAACAUGGCACACCCAAUCCUCAACACCAACCGCCAACUACGAUCUGAGUGCACCGGCAUCUUCUAUGCGAACACUACUCUCCAGUUCUCGUCUCCUGCAGUCUGCACACGCAGACUGACAACACUUGACCCGAAGAUCGUCGACCUUAUCCCCGAGUUGAGGUACGACACGAGCGAGACAUGCACUAAAGCCAUGAGCUGGAGGACGGCGUUUCGAGAGUUGCCAGGGCUGGACGAAGAUACUAAGCUGGAGAAUCUGAAAGAUGAGUUGAAGAGGGAGGGGGUGGCUUUGAGGCUUGGUGUUCUGAAGGCACGGAUAUGUAUUGCUGGUGGGCCGAGCUGGACGAGUGAUCCUUUGGCUGCGGCGUUGGAUGCGGUCAAGCAGGGCGUUAUGGUGUCCCGGAUGAUGUUCAUGUAG